GAUCCACCACCUCCUUAGUACCACAUUGUUAAUUAUGGUGUCAUCAUAGUUUCCUCAUUUUGGAGGGAAGAAAAUGGGACAUUCUGACUGAGAGCCAGGUGGGGAACUGUAAAGUUCCAGUAUGAAUGUAGCUAUGCAAGGAAGUGGGUGGCAGACAGGUUGGGUGGGGGGUGGUGCAAGGCCUCAAACAUAAAAAGAAUGGGUAAUUAUGGUAAAGAGCAUGAAGAAUAGUAAUUAUGAAGUCAAGUUCAGAGAGCAAAUGCUACCCGGUAGAAACAGGCGCUCCUCAGAGAGGGCAUUACAUUUAUGGAGUGUCUACUGCACGCUGUGAACUCUGCCAGGCACAUGGCACAUUGUAUGUCAUCUAUACGUGUCACAUGGAGUCAUAUGCUCCAAAGGCAGAUACCUCAAAGAGUGCCGAGAAAUGCCAAGAGCUUUGUGGACGGCUUUGUGUCAGCAACAGGAAAAUCAGUGUGGCAGCUGAAGGAAUGUGGAAGCAAACGCAGGAGUCCAAAGGAAAGAACAUCAGAUUUACGCGUAUCCAUGCGAAGCCCCAGCGAGGGAGAAGGAAGAGAAGGCGGCGGAGGAGACCCCAGGGAGGCGGCGCCCGGCUCUGCGCCGCCCCCGCCACUGCUGUUCGCAAGGGCCCCGCAGCUUCUCUCCCAUCCGCCCCCCCACCCACCCACACACACACAGAGGAUCGCAGGCGCCAGACACAGCCCGGCGGAUGCCAAGAGUCAGAGGCACAGCCCCUCACUGGGAAUAGAGCCCCCGAAGGGGACAGGGAGAGGGAGCGGGCAGCUGGGGCCCAGGCGGAGGUGACGGUCCAACGCCCGGGAAAGCAAGGUGGCCGGGAGGGCGCCAGGGAGAAAGAGCCUCAGGCGCAGCACAGCGCUGAGGAAGCCUCAGCCCGCAGAGUGGGAACUCCGGUGCAACAGAGGGGUCCGGAGCUGGGCACGAGUUCUGUGUCCCACCAAGCUCGGUCAUUGCUGGGAACUCCCUCAGUCUCCAUGUAA